AAUUGUGAGUUGUGAGUUAACCACAAUGAACAUUCAGUAGAAAGCCCAAAUGCCCAAUUGACGCCUCCAAUCUCCAAAUUCAUUUCAAUUUGUAUGUGUUAUUCCUAGUGUAUGGAAAAUCUCUUUCCCCCUUCUCAUUCCUUUACUCUCCCUGCUAUGCUAACACCUUCUCCAAAUCCAUGGGCAGUAGGUUUCACCUAUGGAUUUUCCCUCACCGAAAACACACUAGACUCAGAAUCUUUCUUCUUUGUUCAUCCCAUAAUUUCACCACAUUGAAGAUCUCCAAUGGUGCUGUUGUUGAAGAAAUUUCUAAGCUUUUAAAGCACAACAACUGGAGCAUUUUAAUGGGGUCAUCAGACAUCGUUAAGAAGCUAAACCCAGAUAUAAUUCAAUCUGUUCUUCAUUAUAAUCAAUCAUCUGAUCCAACUCAACUUUUGGGGUUCUUUAAUUGGUCUUAUUCUCAACUGGGUAUUCGUCACAAUUUGAAUUCUUUUUUGAUUUUAGCUGUUCUUCUUUGUAAAUUUGGCCAUUUUCCUUUAGCAAAUAGGGUUAUUGAAAGUAUGAUUGAUACUCAACCUCCUGUUUCAUUGGUUUUUGAUUCAAUGGAUAGUUGUGUAAGGGAAUAUUGUAUGUGUAAUUGUAGUUCUGUGGUUUUUGAUAUAAUUAUCAAUGCUUAUAAGAAAAUGGGUCACUUGAAUGAAGCUGCUUGUGUGUUGUUGUAUGCUAAAGAUUGUGACUUUUUGCCUAGUUUGAUUUGUUGCAAUUCUUUGUUGUCUGACUUGUUAAAAAACAGUAUGAUGGAUUUGUUUUGGAGGGUUUAUGACAAGAUGUUGGAAGUAAAGAUAGGUCCUGAUUCUUAUACUUACACAAAUUUGAUUAGUGGUCUUUGUAAAGAAGGGAAGGUUAAGGAGGGACAAAUGGUGAUUUUAGAAAUGGAAGAGAAAGGGUUUAGUCCUAAUUUAGUUACUUAUAAUGUGCUUAUUAAUGGUUUGUGUAGAUCCAAGGCCUUGAAAGAAGCUUUGGAGCUUAAAGACUCCAUGGCUUUGAAGGGCCUAGCUCCUGAUAGCUAUACUUACUCAAUACUUAUUAGUGGUUUAUGUAAAAAUAGGAGGGCUCAUGAAGCAAAGUUAUUGUUGAAAGAAAUGGUUGUAAGGGGUUUAAAGCCUAACCAUGUUACAUAUACUUCUUUGAUAGAUGGGUUUAUGAAGCAGGGUGAUGUGACUGAGGCUCUUAAGAUCAAGUCUGAUAUGAGUGUGUGCAGGAUUAAGCUAAAUUUCGUGACGUACGCUGCUCUUAUUAGUGGUGUUUGUAGGAUAGGUGACAUGGAGAAAGGAAAAAGCCUUUUAGUUGAGAUGAUUAGGUUAGGUUUAAGUCCUAGUUCCCAAAUUUAUAGCUACUUAAUUGAAGGUUAUUGUAGAGAAAAUAAAAUGGAGAAGGCUUAUGAGCUUCUUGCUGAGAUGAAGGGUAUGAAUUUGUCCCCUAAUGAAUUCACAUUCAAUGCUAUCAUAAAUGCACUUUGUCAAGCUAGAAAUUUUCAGCGUGCUUAUAGUGUUUUAGAAGAAAUGGCGAUUUGUGGUGUGAAACCGAAUGUGGUUAUUUACACAACUUUGAUCAAAGGUUUUAUUUCUGGGGGUAACUUAGGGGAGGCAAUUAGAGUUUUUGAUGAAAUGAAGGAGAGAGGGAUUUCUCCUGAUGUGUUCUGUUAUAACUCUCUUGUGAUGGGACUCUGCAAGGGUGGAAGAACAGGAGAAGCAAGGUCUUAUGUCGAUGAGAUGGUGGAUAGAGGAUUAAAGCCUGAUGCAUAUACUUACGGUGCUCUAAUCCACGGUUAUUGCCAGGAUGGGAAAAUGAAAAUGGCUCGUAAUUAUCUCGAGUAUAUGUCAAGGAAUGGUAUUAAACCAAGUGAUGUUGUCUAUACAUCCUUUAUUGAUGGUUAUUGCAAAGCCGGGGACAUUGUUGAGGCCUUUUCAUCUUUUAAAGAUAUGCUCAGGAUGAACUUACUCCCUGAUUUAAUUGCCUAUAGUGUGCUCAUCCACAGUCUUGCUAAGUAUGGGAGGACGCAAGAAGCAGCUGAAGUUCUCAUAGAACUUAGGGGCAAGUCUCUAGUGCCGGAUGUCUACACUUACAGCUCUCUGAUCUCCGGAUUCUCUAGACAAGGAGACAUGAUAAAGGCUCUAGAGCUUUUUGAAGAGAUGAGGAGGGAAGGCGUUGAUCCAAAUAUCGUCACCUAUAAUAGUUUAAUCAAUGGAUUUUGCAAAGCUGGUCAAGUAGAGAAAGCACAUGAACUUUUUGAUGAAGUCACUACAAAGGGUUUGGCACCAAAUAGCGUGACAUACGGUACUAUAAUAGAUGGAUAUUCCAAAUGUGGGAACUUAGUGGAGGCGUUUAGGCUGUUCGAUGAGAUGAAAUCAAAAGGCAUACCAUCUGAUAGCUUAGUCUAUAAUUCGAUUAUCGAUGGUUGCUGUAGGAAAGGAGAUUUGGAGAAGGCUAUGUGCUUAUAUGAAGAAAUGCGGCAAAAAGAUAUCGCUUCAUCACAUACUUUCAACACUUUAAUAGACGGGUUUUGCAAAUUAAGUCGGUCGAAUGAAGCAUUUAAACUCUUACAUGACAUGAUUGACUUACAUAUUGCACCCAACAGUGUGACAUUUUCCAUUUUAAUUGAUUAUUACUGCAAAUUGGGAAUGAUGGAGGAAGCAGAAGAUCUUUUUUUCGAGAUGCAAACUAGGAAUCUAAAGCCAACUACCAUAACCUAUACCUCCCUCUUGAUUGGACAUAACAAUAAAGGUAAUGGGUUGAAGAUGGUUCGUCUAUACAACGAUUUGUUGACCAAGGGGGUUGAGCCUGAUGAAGUUAUCUAUUCGUUAAUGGUGGACACGUAUCGUAGAGAAGGAAAUUGGAUGAAAGUCUUACAGAUCUUAGAUGAAAUUGUACUAAAGGGUUUUACAUUGAAGCCACUUGUAUGGGAUGCAUUAAUAGAAACCAUAAACCAGAAGGAAAACUUUUCCAAAAUCUUAAGGCUGUUUAAUGAUAUGGGGCAGCAAGGCCUCAUGCUUAGUUCAAAUACUUGCAGCACUUUGAUUCAUGCUUUCUGCCAACCCAGGCGCACGGACAACGCAACAAAACUUCUUGAGACCAUGGUAGAAUUGAGAUGGGUUCUUCGAUGCACCAGCUUAAGUGACUAUAAUAAACUCAACCAUGAAGACAAUUUACAAACUUGUGGCAGUCUUUCGGGUCCUCGGCCAUUGGAUGUUGCCUAUCAGGUGUAAGUGUGGUUCUAUUAAAUGUUGAAUUGACAUUGAUGCUGCCUGCAGGUACUAUUUCAUGGGGCGUCACUCAAGUACAUGUAAGUCGGGUUCUUGUCUUAUAUCUUCUUUUUCCAUGCUCUUAUAUAUUGGUUGAAUGAGAACGUUGAUUUCGCUACCUGUUUUCUUAAUUGUUCCAAAUAUCAUAUAUUAGGCCAUACUAUGUGAAAAAUAUUAUCUGUGCAAGUUCACAAUGCUGGCUUUUGUUUGUCGGUUUUUCUUUUCCCUUUUUCCCCCAACUUGGGGCUAUAGAUGGAUAACAGAGGAGAGCUUCGUAAACGUAAAUUAUGUUUAUUGGCUCAUAAAGGCCUUCUAUAUUGCUUAGAAAGCCAUUGUUGUGGAUGUAGGAGUACCAAUUUUGGGUCUUUUUUUAUCUUAAGGGUUAGAGACUUACACUAUGUGAAUGGAGUGAUUGCAUUUCCCUCAUUUGGAUACCUAUGGAAGGGAGGGAAAUGGAGAUGAAAUUGGAAGGAAAAACUCCUUUACUUUUAAACAAUUUAAAUCCUUCUAACAAUGAAAAGAUUUGGAAGGAAAACACACCAAUCAUACCUCCCCUCCCUUUCCCUUCCUUUCAAAAAUAUUAUUCAAACAUAGUGUUUAUAAUGUAUGUUGAAUAAUAACAACAAUGCCAAAGCCUUGAUCCAAACAAUACCAAUUGUUAAUUUAUAAUGUAUGUUGAAUGAUAACGGCAACACCAAAUACUUAAUCUAAACAAUUGAAUAAUUAGAAAUUGUACAUUAGUUCAUCACCUCUAUUGGUGCAACAUUUUGUCGUUUGAAUUUCUAGCUAUCUAGGAUCCAAAUAAGAAGACCAUGGAAGUUGUUGAACUUUUUGUGAGCCUUGUUACGUGUAGAAUUCCAUUUCCUUUUUCUCUUAUGUGAUGUGUUGCAGGUUACUUCAGGAAAGAUGUUGGAGAUGGGUUUUAACAUUUGGAGAAGGGAAGAGAAAGAAUCUAUAUGGUAUUGGUUUUGAUGGUUCAGCGUGUUUGAUGGACCCAUAUUGAUUAUUGAGCAGUCGUUUGAGAAGUAGUUGGAUUUUUGCAAGUUUUUGAAUGAACGGACAACGAACUCAUGCAUUGCUGCAAGAAUUCGUCUGUAAGCUCAACCAUUUUUUAUAAUGGUCCUGCUUAUUGGUGCUGGAACUAAAUUUAAAUUGCUCAAUUCUUUUGGUGUCUAUUGAGAAGCUCUAUGGUUUGUAUCAUUCCUGAACACGGAAGUACAAAAGUGGAUCGAAUGCUAUCUGAGUACGAGGAUAUGCUUCACGAUGAUUCCUAAAGCGAAAUCCUUUAUGUGACUGGUUGAAAACCCAAUGGAUUAGCUUUUAUCAUCAUACCCGACAUAUCUCGCUCAUUGAAGGGUCUAAGGAGGGGUCUAUGACAACAGACCAUACCCUUACAAAGGAGAUAAGGAAGUUGCGGCCAAUGAGAUCCUUAGCUCGAGAAAGGCAUCAAGUGGAGUUGAUUAUAUGUAACAAAUAAGAAUGUCAGUUGCUUCGCUCCUGGAGUCCUGGUCCGUCAGUUAACUUGCAAUUGGAGCCACAUUGCUGAUGAAAAUAACAUCUGCUUAUCAGUAUUUUUCAGUUGGUACUUCGCAGCUAAUGAUAAUGGUGUUUGGUUCAUGAUAUGCGAAAAUUUGAAUAAAAUAAGAUUAUUUAAUAACUUAAUUUCAAAAAUAAGCUUCGUCAAAACUUAAUUCUCAAAAUAAACGUCCGUACAUCCAAACCUAGCCUUGGAGUAAAUCGCUGUUACUAACAGCGUAAGACAAAAAAAAUAAAAAAAUAAAAGCCAUAAGUCGCUGUUACUAACAGCGACUUAGGGAGUUGACUAGUCAACUUCUUAAGUUGCUGUUAGUAACAACGACUUUAAGGUUAACUGGUCAACUCCUUAAUCUCGUAGGUUGGAAUGAGGAAGUAACCGAGAACUGAAAACUUAAAACGCAUUAAGUCGCUGUUACUAACAACGACUUAAAGAAAAAAAUAAAUAAAUUUUUUUUUUAUUUUUUUAUUUUUUUAUUUUUUUAAGUCGCUGUUAGUAACAGCGAUUUACUCCAAGGCUAAGUUUAGAUGUACGGACGCUUAUUUUGGAAAUUAAGUUUUCAUAAAGCUUAUUUUUGAAAUUAAGUAGUUAAAACUUAUUUGAUUUAAAUUUUCAAAUAAUGCUGGGUUUUGCUCUGGCGUUGAUGAACUUUUUUGUGUUAUUAUAAUCAUAUUGGAUAGAUACCCAUCAUGCAUGGUGAUUGAUUUAAUUCUUGAUGAAUUAUGUAAAAUGAAUAAAUAGUUGUAAAUAUUUUAUAUCAUAAUAAAUAAGUAAAAAGUUAAUAUA